AUGAAUCUACUGAAAUUCCGCUCAAUUCUUCGAAAAUACCGAUUCAAAAUUUAUUUUAAACGAGUUGUAAAAUCUCUGGCCAUCCUUUUUCUGAUUCUAAUUGUUCUAUUAUUCAAAUUCCUAAUUUUCUGGUCAUUCGAGGAGACGGGACCUCGGGUAGAUUUACUACAGUAUAGCCACACAUUUAUACAUUCUGCAUAUUAUUUCCCAGUUUCCAAAUCUCUUGGUAAGAAUGCAAUUGCAAUUGUGACAACAAUGAAUAAACGGACCGCUUCAAAAAUCACAAACUACAAAAUAAACCUAAUUGGGACCAACAAGACAAUGCAAAUGACUCAAGAGGCAACAUUGACAACAGAACACGCUCUAAACGAUCGUUGUGACUAUUCUCUGAUCACUGCCCAAACCAAUUUAGUAGAGCGAAUGGAAAAAUUGGAAAUUGAGGCCGAUGGAGUUGUCAUGGAGGUUCCAUUCCGAAAGACUAAAUACUCGGCGCCGAAACCUGUGGUUUUUUGUGUUUCCCCGCAAUUUGCAGCUGAGCAAUGGCAGACAUUUUUAGUACAGAUCCACAUUUCAAAGAGAUACGGUGCUCACUUGCAGCUUUACAUUGUCUCAAUGGUCGAGUCUUACUAUAAACUAAUCAAAGAAUACGAAAAACUGGGUCUCGUCUCAAUUGAACCAUGGCUCACCAUAAAGUUUCCGGUGACCGAUGGCCCAUAUUUGGAGCCAAAUCGAAAUGUGGAGCUCCGAAAUCAAGCGGCAGCUCAUACAGACUGCUUAUUAAUGUAUAAGGAAGCUGUGAGCUUUGUUGGGAUUCUGGACAUGGAUGAUAUUCUGAUUCCAACAAAUGCGAAUUCUUACUAUGAGGAAUUCGAAAGGGAGUAUGGUGGUAGUUGGGAGAUCAGUGCUCUUCACUACGACAAAUUUGACUACCGUACUAUAAAAACUGGAGAUCUGAACACCCAAACUAUUAGUUCCAUGGUCAAAAAUGCACGGAGAUUGAAGACAAAGGAUGCUGGAAAGUCAUUUCUACGUCCGGAGAGAUUCAAUUCAACUUGGUCCCAUUAUUCAAGAAAUUCGGAUCACAAACCAAUUUAUCUGACUGCUGGUCAAAAUCCAAUAUACUGGUACAAGAAAUUGGUCACCACGAAUGGAAUAUUUCAUUUGAAGAAAAUGGAUUACAUUGAUUCGAAGAAAAUACCUGGAGGCGCGUUGCCGGUGAAUCCCGGAGAUAAUAUUACAGAAUUAAUUACUGAGAAACAUUUGAAAGAGAUUGAUGAGGAUUUGAAGGAAAUGCUCCUCCACCCGGACAUCUCCAAUCUGGCUUCCACAUUACCCCAAUCCGAUUUCUACAUGGAUAUCGUUUUCUCAUGUUACAACGAAUCCUUCUAUCACAUUCGUGAUACCAAAUGGCUCUACAAUGACAUCACAUGUGUGAAUGCCUUUGAUUGUGAACUUCCUCAACGAGAAGAUAUGCCAUGUGUCCAUUCAGAUGCCACGUAUCACUCCGGACCAUCAAUGUUCCCUAUUACAUUCCAUUAUGCUACUGACUCUUUCUUCUCUAGAGAUAUCGGUUGUUAUCAGUAG